GCGCGCUCCUGAGCUGAGCCAGAGCCGGGAGCGCGGCGUCUCCUGGCUAGCAGAAAUGGAUUUGAGGGGCGGGGAGUUGUAGGAGGGUUGCAGAACUUGCAGGUGACGAGCGAAGCGGGCGGAACCCUCUAUUUGAAACUCAAAAGGGGGGUGCUUUCUGAGCUGCGCCCGACUAAAGGGUCGGAAGGGACAGCCUCGUCCUAGAAGGAGGCGUUGCUUCAGCACCACCAACCACCGCCCCCGUCCUUUUCUUUUGACAGGGUGUCACUCCAACGACUUUCCAUGCUCGGGGUUGUUUUGUUGGCCCUGUCAGCAAAAGGGGCGACCCUGGUCCUACUCAGCCCUCUCAGAUGCUUUGCUAGAUACUGUGCCUCGGCUGCUGCAGAACCCGUUUCAGCCCUGGGUUAUGUGAAGUAGUCAGUGGUUUAUUGAAGAAACAUGUUCUGGAGGCUUGUGCAGAGUUUCUUUCCCUUUCUCUGCUGAGCCACUAAGCAUCCCUACCCUCUUGCGCACACACACGGAAGCAGGAGGUGUAGAGUGUUUUGGUGAUUUCGGAAAAGCAGCUAUGCAAAAAUGGAGCUCAAUGACAAUUACUGCAUUACUAGGCCUUCUUGUCCGUUGGACUGUGUCACUUGGUUCUUACUCAGGUGCAGGAAAACCACCUAUGUAUGGAGACUACGAAGCUCAAAGACACUGGCAAGAAGUUACCUACAAUCUGCCAGUUAAACAGUGGUACUUCAACACCAGUGACAAUAAUUUGCAAUACUGGGGCCUUGACUAUCCACCUCUUACUGCUUAUCACAGUCUUCUGUGCGCUUAUGUAGCGAAGUUAAUCAAUCCAGAUUGGAUUGCUCUGCACACAUCUCGUGGGUAUGAGAGUCAGCCACACAAGCUAUUCAUGCGGGCAACAGUUUUUGUUGCUGAUAUGCUAGUUUACAUACCUGCAGUAAUCUUGUACUGUUGUUAUUUAAAAGAGACUUCUGCUAAGAGGAAGAUUUCUAGUGCUCUCUGCAUACUGCUUUAUCCGGGACUCAUUCUGAUUGAUUAUGGACAUUUUCAAUAUAAUUCCGUGAGCCUUGGAUUUGCUUUGUGGGGAGUGCUUUGCCUGUCUUAUGAUUUGGACCUCUUAGGCUCAAUAGCAUUCUGCUUGGCUCUAAACUACAAACAAAUGGAACUGUACCAUUCAUUGCCCUUCUUCAGCUAUCUCUUGGGAAAGUGCUUCAAAAAAGGGCUGGUGGGGAAGGGGCUGUUACUAUUAAUGAAACUGGGGUUUACCGUAGGUGUUUCUUUUGCUCUCUGUUGGCUCCCGUUUUGUACAGACGUUGAACAAAUUUUGCAAGUGUUCAGAAGGCUCUUUCCAGUUGAUCGAGGUUUGUUCGAGGAUAAAGUGGCCAAUGUUUGGUGCACUGUAAGUGUUUUUUUCAAAGUAAAGGCAGUGCUGUCAGCAGAAACUCAACUUAAACUAAGCUUUGCCUUAACAUUCCUGACUGCACUUCCCAGUUGCAUAAAACUAACUCUGCAGCCUUCUAUCAAAGGAUUCAAAUAUGCUUUGGUUAGCUGUGCAUUAUCCUUCUUCCUGUUCUCAUUCCAAGUGCAUGAAAAAUCUAUUCUUCUAGUUUCAAUACCCGUCUGCUUAGUUAUACAUGAAAUUCCUUUUAUGUCUACAUGGUUUCUACUUGUUUCAACCUUCAGCAUGCUUCCCCUUCUCCUGAAAGAUGGCCUGCUCCUGCCAUAUAUUGUGACAACACUGGCCUUUCUCACAGUGUGUGCAACUUCUUUUUCAAUAUUUGAAAAUACUUCUGAAGACAAUAUGCAGCUAAAACUUUUCCCCACUUCCAUUAGACGAUGCAUUCCAUGGUUCAGAACAUUCACAACGGUUAUUAGGAGUUCAUUCCUUGUCUCAAUAACUCUGAUGGGCAUCCUGACUUUAAUGAGUGCUACAUUGGAUCCUCCACAAAGGCUACCAGAUUUAUUUCCUCUAGCUGUCUCUGCUGUAUCCUGCUUGCACUUUCUAUUCUUCUUGCUAUAUUUUAAUGUCAUUGCAAUAUGGGAAUCAAGAGAUAGCAGAAAUCAGAAAAAAACCAAUUAGGUCAAAGUGCCAACCCGCAAAACUAAUGACUAAAGCGAGGGGACACCUUUUAAUAUUUUCAUAGAACUAUGUCUUAAAUCAUAUGUAAUGUGAGGUAUAAAUUGCUUUCUUAUUUUAUGUAUUUGCUGGGGAAAGCCACACAAAAAUGUUUACAUGUCAAUUUGUGCUGUUUCAGGAAUGUGAAUAGCCAUUAUUAAGAGAGGUUUGAAAUGGACUCUUUGUCCUCUGUAUGCAAUAAAAGGGAAACAUCAUACUUGAUUAUUUGUUGAAGAUGGAAAGCUACUGGUACCUUGAAAACAAUUAAGUAAUAUUUUGGCCACCUUUACUGGCUUAUUUUGAAUAAGGUUUCCAAAUUAAUAGCAUGCGUUUUCAGUUUAAUGCACUUCAAAUUAAAUGUGUUGGGGAUGCAGAACCAUAUUUUACGGCUACUAAAUGCUGUCUCUUCUAGCCUAUUUGAUUAGAUACAUUAAGCUGCCUUGUACAAUAUUUCACUAUUCUCUAUGAUAUACUUAAAAUCAUCAAGGCCACUGAACUAAUAUUCAUGACUCAGUGUCAUGGUUCAUACUUCCAUGACAGUCUUAUUUCAGUAUUAACCUUUAUACUAGCUAAAAGUCCAUAACAAGAGUCCCAAGGCGUUGUUGUGGCCAACAUUAUUUUUAAUGUACAUCAACAUGUAAGCCUCCCAGCAACAUGCAAAUUUUAUAGCCAAAAUAGCAUUUUAGUCAUAUAGAUUCUAAUUCUAUAACUCUAAUGCAGAUCACCAAGAACUCAAAUUGUGCAAAGUCCUUUUUCUGUAGCACUCUCUUGUAAUAGUCUUGAUAUUUAAUAGCCUGCAACUCAAAUAUUGUUGGGUUUUAAAAUAUGAAGUUAUUGCAAGAAUUCAAAUCCAUUUGGAAUUCUUUGGUGCUUGAUGGUUGUCUCCAUGCCAUCUGCCUGCACUGACAAAAGUGUACAUGGCGUAUAAAGAAUUAGACCAAUUUCUAGCAGCCACUUAGGAAGACUUGACAUUUCUGCUGUAUAUGACACAUCAUCAUGGACAUGAACAAUUAGUUCAUUGUUCCUAGCCAAAGUCUUAUAUACUUAUAUACACAUUGACUUUGAGUAUUCAUUUUAAAUACAAAAUUCAAGAAGCCUCUGAUUUAAUUUGAUUUGUUGCCAUAUUUUAGCACCUUAUUCAACAAGACAAUAUAGACUUAUCACAUGCUUCUACUGCAUGUCAGCUCCACCCAAAUUUAUUCCUUUUUGCUGUUCUGAAAACAUGUACAGCAGUAAGACAAAGCCCUUAAAAUGGGAUAAAGUGGUACUACAUAUUUCCGAUACAGAUUUUCAGUUUGCAAGUACAUGGUUUGCUUUGCUGCCAUACAAAAUGCAACAUAAUCUGAAUGUAGCUUUUUGCAAAGCUCAAGCUGCCUAGUAUCUUGUGCCAGGAAACCAAAAUUCUGCAUGCACAGUUACAAUCUAUUAUGCAAACAAAUGCUAAUGAUGUCCUCCCCCUCGGUUUUUCUAAUGGCCCUGCUAUGCUCUAUGAAAAUGAACAGAAGCUGAAAACAUAGGUUCAAUCAUGGGGACUUGAAAUUAAAACAUUGUGCUGGAAUGUGAAGAUUAUUAAAAGUAAAGUUUCCACAGAGCAGUAAUACAUAAUUUAUUGUAUUAAAGGGAAUGAUAUCCUACACCAAUGAAACUUGUAUUUUUCCUACACCAAGUAAGCCUUCUAAGUCUGCAAGUAUACAAACCCGUACACACUUUCAAACGGUAUUCUUUAAAGUUUUUAUAUCAAUCUAUCAAAGGUCCAGUGUGCUGAAAGAAACUGCAUGCAUAAAAUGUUUAUUUAGUUCCUGUCAGUCUAUAUAAAGCACUCCUGGUUCCCAAUAUUGGAUCAAAGAUUAUACCAAACAGAUGGUUGGCUCUGUCAGCCUGGACGGUGCAAUUGCCUCUUUAUUGGGUGUGCCCCAAAUCGGGCCAAACUUCCUUCACUGUUGACCAUCUGUUGGAUGGUUUGUUACUCAGAUAUGUGUGCAAAGAAACCCACUGGUGUGUGCAAUUUCCCCUGGAGUGGAGGCCCAGUGUUCCUAUGCAAUUUGGAUUUAUUUAUUGUGAACGGAAGAGGAUAGCAUGUGCUGAAUGUGCAGCCUUGUCACACAUAGUAAUGGAAGUUAAACCCUAAGCAGGGGGUUGGAUUCAGAGAUGCCAUGCACCAGCGGAAACUGGUGUGACGGGAUAGUUGGCAGAACCUCCCCACUCCAUCGCACCAGUUCCCACACUAUCCUCUAGGAUUCUCAGGGCUAUGUAAGGGGAAGUGCUGGGUGGUGUUCCACGGACCAGGUAGGAAACCUCAAUUUUCCAAGCUGUUGUCUGGUUCCAAUCCAAUGUUUUAUUGGAUGAUGACAUUAACAAUAGUCUGUUUCCACGCCAUUCUUAAAGCUAUUA